GUAACUCGUUCUUGCAACCAAGGACAGCGGAGGAAGGAGUUGCUAUGUCGGCCAGUAUGAGUUCGUCACCUGGAGAAAGGAGGCUCAGGCUGAUGCAGCCAGCUGCCAUCAGUGUGCCAUGUCAGAGUGUAGAAGACUUUGAAGCGCAGAGUCUGGACCUUGUCCUUAGGACUCUUAGGUCGCUACUGGACGAGAACCCCUUUAAGCAACUCGUCGUAGGGCUCUCAGGCGGCAGCACUCCAGGGCCUUUGUACGCGGCACUAAGGCAGACAGCAAUUUCGCACAUCCAAAAAGGGAAGAAGGAUCAAUGGCAGUCCAGCGAACAACCAGAUUCUGACAGCUUUUCGCACUCGGCCAUAGAUUUUUCGCGCGUAAGCUUCUUCCUUGUCGAUGAGCGCUACGUCCCGCCGACUGAUCCUAAGUCAAAUGUCCGUCUCGUCAUGGAGGAGCUGUUUGGGCAAGAAGUCUGGAGUGACCCCGCUGCUGGCGGCACCAUGAAGUUCAGGCCAACGGCUAAUGCAUGGCCUUACAGCUUCGACUUCUCUUAUCCCGACACUUCGCUGCCCGUGGAUAGAUGCAUUGCAGAGUAUAGAGAAAGUCUGAGCAACUUACUGCGGCGGCACGGAGGUUUGGAUCUAGUCCUUUUGGGAAUGGGAGAUGAUGGUCACAUAGCAUCAAUAUUUCCGCCCCUAAGCGCGACUCAGCACGAAGCAGCGAGAUGCCCACGUACCAUGGUGGUUCAUUCGACCACCGACCGUUUUGACGUGCACGACCGGAUAUCUGUUACUCUACACCUCCUUGCUGGAGCAAGCCGCAAGAUUUUUCUCAUCAAGGGAGAGUCAAAGCUGAAUACGUGGUUCCAGAUGGAAACUGACCCAGAACAGUCGCCACUUAAUUUCCCGGCACGUGAAGUAAUCAGUAGCGGGGGAUGCUAUCUUGUUUCCUUCCCUUCAAUUGACGACUUUUCGAGAAGAAGGAGGAACGCAAGCCGGCCGCUGCUUGUGAAGCACACGAGCACCAAUGUACUGGACACGCACCAUCUUUCUGUCAUCGUCUUUGGUGCCAGUGGGGACCUGGCGAAGAGGAAGACAUAUCCCGCGCUUUUCAGCCUAUUUUGCGAAGGUCUUCUCCCGCCAAAUGUGCACGUCGUAGGAUUUGCGCGCUCAAAACUGGAUGUAGAAGAAUUCUGGAAACAGAUUGCAGAGCACCUCAAGGAGUUAUCAACCUACUUCUCACGUCAGAUGGCGCCUUUGAGUAGCAAAUGCGAUGACCUUGUAGAACGUUUUCGACGCAUCUGCACAUACAUAAGUGGCGACGGCUACGACGAUGCUGUUGCACUAAAGAAACUUAGCAAUCACCUUGACAAGCUUGAAGGGCCGGAGAAAAAUAACAACAGACUGUUUUACUUGGCACUUCCACCACAGCUCUUUGCGCUCAGCGUUCGAUCAAUCAGGAAGCACUGCUGGGCACAAAAGGGUUGGAACAGAGUGGUAGUUGAGAAGCCUUUUGGACGCGACAGUGAGAGCUCAGAGAAGUUGUCAAACGAUCUCAUGGAAGUCCUUAACGAAAGCGAGAUAUACCGCAUUGACCAUUACCUUGGCAAAGAGAUGACCCUCUCGAUCAUUGCACUGCGUUUUGCUAAUGUUGCCUUUAAACAUCUUUUCCACAGGCACAACGUACGUUGCGUUCGCAUCACAUUCAAAGAAGACAUUGGGACAAAAGGUCGUGGCGGGUACUUCAAUAGCUACG